AUGAAAGUUCGUGGAUAUGAUCCUCUUGUGGCACCAGACUUAUUACAGCACGAAUAUAAAUUAUCUGAAGUGUCUCAGAAAACAAUUUUGGAAGGAAGAGACCAAACCUGUGACAUAUUGAAUGGAAAAGAUGAUAGGUUGGUGAUAGUUGUUGGACCUUGCUCUAUUCAUGAUCCUGCUGCGGCAUUAGACUACGCUGAGAGGUUGAAGAAGGCUUCGGAUAAACAUAAGGGUGAACUCCAUAUUGUUAUGAGAGCAUAUCUUGAAAAGCCGAGGACGACAGUUGGAUGGAAAGGCUUAAUCAAUGACCCGGAUAUCGAUGGUUCAUUUCACAUUAAUAAAGGGUUGAGAAUUGCUAGAAAAUUGUUUACUGAUUUGACUGAGAAGUUGCCAAUAGCUGGAGAAAUGCUUGACACAAUUUCUCCUCAAUUUUUGUCAGAUUUAUUCUCUGUUGGGGCGAUUGGUGCAAGAACAACAGAAUCCCAGUUGCAUAGGGAGUUGGCUUCUGGAUUAUCUUUUCCGGUAGGAUUCAAGAAUGGUACCGAUGGAACUUUAGGAGUUGCAGUAGAUGCUAUGAGAGCAGCUUCUCACCCUCAUCACUUUUUAUCUGUUACCAAACCUGGUAUUGUUGCAAUCGUUGGGACUGAAGGAAACAAAGACUGCUUUGUAAUCUUGAGAGGAGGAAAAUCAGGUACAAACUACGAUGAGAAAUCCGUUAAAGAAGCAAAAGAACUGUUAAUCAAAAGCAAGAUUAUGUCGGAUGAAAAGCCAGAUGCAAGAAUAAUGGUCGACUGUUCGCACGGAAAUUCUAGCAAGAAUCAUAGAAACCAACCAAAGGUUGCUGCUGAGGUAGCGAGACAGGUAGCUAAUGGCGAAACUGCAAUUUGUGGUUUGAUGAUUGAAUCUAAUAUUGUUGAAGGAAGACAAGAUGUUCCUCCACCAGAGAAGGGAGGUAAAGAUGCCUUGAUAUAUGGUUGCUCCAUCACAGAUGCUUGUAUAUCAUGGGAGGAUACUGCGGAGGUCUUGGACACAUUGGCGAACGCUGUCCGGUCCAGAAGAGAAUCGAAAUAA